AUGGCCAAAAUUCUUGGCAAGGACCAGUCCACUUAUUUGAAGGAACGCGAUGCAUUUCUUCGUGAUCUGCAGCACUUCCAUGAGAUUCGGGGGACGCCAUUCAAGCGGCCCCCUACUCUCGGUGGCAAGGAGGUCGACCUGUACCUUCUUUAUAAUCUGGUUAUUUCACAAGGAGGAUGGCUUAGGGUGAACAACAAGAAUUCUUGGUCGGAAAUCUUACCUAGCUUGAAUUUGCCAAUCUCCUGUGUCAACGGGAGCAUUGGCCUGAAACAAACAUACUUGAGAUACCUGGACCGUUGGGAGAAGGUGCACUUCCUUCACGAAGAAGCAGACCGUGGCAGCGAUGACGACGAAGAAAGUAGGCACAAGCGCUGGUCCGCCAAAGCCCUGCAUUCUGUGCCGUACACCUACAAUUACGCCCAGCAUAAUAUAAACGAAACGAACAGGGAAUACCAUCACCUUUCCACCAACUUGUACAAAUCCUCCGACUACGACCGCCUGGCGCUGUCUCUGAUAUCCCCUCUGCCCAACGAACAAGACUUCGCCAUCAACGUGUGCACCCUGCUGUCCAACGAUGGGAAACACACCCUCAAGUUGGACAAACACCCCAGGCUCGUCGACUUCCUGCUCGGCCAUGCUGGAAUCUUCAAUCAUGCUUCCCUCAGAAGAAUCUUCACGCAUUACUACAGGGAUGUCAGGAAGCGGCCGACGCACAGCUUCUGGAAAGACAUGCUCGCAUCGCCCGAGUUCCUCGACCUCGCCGACGAAGAAAAGUUCCAACCGAAAGCCGAAGAACCCUCCAAGCCCCUGCUCAUCGGCGACGGCAUCGAUCCGGCCCUUUUGGCCCUACAAACGCCCAUGGACAUCGAAGAAAAUCGGGUGAAUCGUGUAGAUUCGGAUAGUGAUUGUGAAUUGGACGAGGCGGAGAAUAAUAAUUGUGAUAGUUUCAAGUUGAAGCUGAGAGAGGAAGACGGGGAUUUGUUCUGCUUGCGGCGGUCGUUGGGUACGCAGGACUACACGGGGCAGCGGGUGCUGCAGAUAGCCACCAUCUUGAGGAACCUCAGUUUCAUCGAGGAAAACGUGCCGGUGCUGGUGAAGAACUCUUCUUUCCUAAGAUUCAUGUUGUUGUGCAGCAGCUCCAGGUGGAACGUGCUUCGUAACCUCGGCACCGAUAUGUUGAGCAACAUGUCCGCGGAUUUCCUCGUUAAAGAGUUGAACAGCGACAUUUUGACAUCGAGCUUGAUCGAAAUCGUCACUAGAGGGCUGGACAGCGAAGACAGAGCUUGUUGUCUCUCAUCCUUGGAAGUGUUGAACAAACUCAGUCAGAAUGAGCGCAACGAGGACGUGAUGCUUCGCUCACUCCAAUUCCGCGUUUACAAGAGCGUGUGUUCUUUCUUGACCAUUCAUGACGUGAUGCUGCUGAUCUACACGUUGGAGUGCCUGUACUCCCUGUCGUCGCUGGGGGAACGGGCCUGCAAUUUUAUCGUGAACAAUCACGGGGUGAUUGACACUCUGGUGUCGCUGGUGACGGUGGAGGGUAAGAGUUAUGGGCCGAAGGCGUGCAUCGGGAUGAAGCUGGUAGAGACGUUGCCGAGCAGCGGGCAGACGCAGAGCCAGGGGCAGCAGCAGGGUGGGAGUGUGCCGGUGACGACUUCGGGAGGCACUGCCGGUACCAGCGUCGCGAAUUCCCCGCCGUCCGCCCUCACGACCAUGACGUCGACGACGGCCGCUAGUACGCCGAUCGUGAGCAGCGUCGCGACGGCGUCCGCGAGAGUGGUCGUCGCUCCUGGCACGCCCGUCCGGCCGGUAGCCAUCGUGCCGCAGCGGCUCAUCCCCAUCACGCCGACCUCCACGACGACGACGACAACUUUGACGGCCCCGGCGACCGCCCCGCCGCCCGCCCCACCGACGGCGCCGAUGACGCCGCAGCAGCUGAUCCAGCAGCAGCACGCCCAUCAGCAGGCCAUCCAGGAGAACGAGCACUUUGCGCUCGCGUGGCUGCGCGCCACCUACGAGCCGAGCGCCGACGGACGGGUGGACCACCAGGAGCUGUACCGGCACUAUAUGGGGUCGUGCGCGAAGAUCGGCAGAAGGGGGGUGAUAUCGCCGUUGCACUUUCCGAGAUGCGUGAGGUCGAUAUUCGGCGGCACCGUCGGCCCCAACCCGAUGAAACCGGCCAACCCCAACGACCCGCAAUUCUACGACGGCAUAAAGGUGCGCGACCACCCCCUCGUCAUCACCCUCCCCGCCUCCUGCACCGCCCUCAACUCCUCGCCCCCCUCCCCGUCCCCCACCCUUCCCAAAACGCUCGCCAAAGGUCAACAAGCGCGCCGCAAGUCCGCGCAACAGGCGCUCAAGGCUCCUCCCACCUGUGGCGCCGCGUCCGCCCACGGUCUAGCGGGCGGUCUCGCGACUGCCCACGGUCUAGCGGGCAGCCUCGCGUCUGCCCAGGGUGCGACGACUGGUCUCGCGCCUGCGCCUCUCGAGGUCGAUUCGGAGGUGGGGGUGGGGUCGCCGUCGUCGCCCAUAUUGAAGGCGCAACUGAGCGCGCCGCCCAAACCGCGGGAUGGCGCAGGGUCGCCCGGCGAGGCGGGCGGAGGGGACGCGAAGAGUCAGGCUUCGUCUCACCCGCACCUGAGCCAGGCGCUUCUCGGGGCAAAUGCAGCGACUGCUCCCGCAACAACCAACGCGACUCCGGCCUGUCAAGUCAGCGGCGCCGGCAAGGACAAUCACUCCGGCUCAGGUCAGACGAGCAGCACGUCGCUGAUCAAGAGCCUGCUCGCCACUAAGGUAAACGAUUGCAUGUCGUCGGUGAGCAUGAGGACGGCGUCAGACUGCCAAUCUGUAGCUCAGGUGGCUGCUAGGCAACAGAGGCUGCUGGCCCAACAGACGGCUCCCACCUCGGAGGCGUCGCAACAGAAGAAGGAGCCUCCCAAGGUGUCGAGGAUGAACGGGGUGCGGCAGCUGUUCGUCGACAACGAGGUCGGAGAUCCCUCUGUGUCAUCCACCACGCAGUUCACCAGCUUGACGAAAGGCAAAAAGGAGCCCCCCCAGCCUCCCCCUCCGCCGUUAGCGCCGCUUAGCAACAACGCCAAGGGUGGCAAGACGCAGCGUAUCGACAACGAGGAUAGCGAUUCGAUCGGUAACAACUCGUUGGCGUCCAGUUCCGGUCUUGGUACUAUAGGUAUAGGCGGAGUGUCAUCAACCGAAGACGGCGACAACUCGCUGACCAGCUUCGAAGGCCUCCUGAACGGCAUCCCGAACAUAGACAACCCCCUCAACGAAGACAGCAAUUCCAAAGAUUACGUGAAAUCGAGCAGCGAGACGAGCACGAACAAGCCGCUCCGGCUAGCCGACCUGUUGGAGAAAAAGUUCGAGAAGGGUCCGCCGCUGCUGAACGGCACGUUGGGCAAGGAGUCGAAGUCGGUGGAUCUGGUGGAGAACCACAUCGAGAAGGCGUUGAACAGGGACGGCGGCGGCCAUGCGGGCGUCAAAGCGGUGGAGGAGGAGGAGGUGAUAGAAAUCAAGGAGGAGGUCAUCGAGAUCAAGGAGGAGGUCAUCGAGAUCAAGGAGGAGCCGUUGGAGAAGCCGAGCUUGAAACGGUCCGCGUCGGACGAUCUGAUGGAGGUCGAGCCGAAGAAACCGCUGCUGUCCACUGUGAACGGCUCCACCACCGCCGCCGCAGCCUCCACCGAUCCGCCCGACUCCUCCAGCUCGAACAGCGAGGAGGGUCCUUCGACCGUCUCCACGGCCGCCGCCAAGCUGUUCGCCGACAUCGCCGCCGACAUCCUCGAAGACGAGGACGAGGAGCAGCUGCUGCAACAGGACGGGGGGCAGGGGCAGUACCAGCAGCCGCAGCAGCAGCCGCCCCCGCAGCAGCAGCAGAUCAUCGUGGAUCACGGGGGGCAGCAUCGGCAGAUCAUCGUGUCGCAGCCGCAGAUGCAGGGGGGUGGGCAGGUUGUUAUAACGACCGGCACGCCGAUGAAAACGCAAAUGGGCCAAACGGUGAUCGUCCAAAACUCCUCCACCGCCCAACAACGCCCGGUGAUGCUUCAACAGGCCAACGCCGGCCAAUUCCUCCUCUCGCAAGGCCCCCAGGGCCAGAUGCAGCUGGUGGCCAGCUCGCAACCGGGCCAGUACGUGCUGCAAACGGGUCCCGGCGGGCAGAACGCGGGCCAGUACGUGCUGCAGACGGGGCCCGGCGGGCAGAACGCGGGCCAGUACGUGCUGCAGACGGGCAGCCACGGCGGGCAGAACGCCUACAUGGUGGCGCAGCCGCAGACGGCGGUGGUGCACGGGCAGCAGCAGACUGUGCUGGUGGCGCAGACGCAGCAAGGGGGGGCGCCCGGGAAGACGAUCAUUAUCUUGCAGCAGCAGACGGGCGGGCAGGCGACGCAUCAUCAGAAGGUGGUGGUGACGCCGCAGGGGCAGCAAAUGGUGGUAACCCAAGUUCCUAGGCCGAUCGUGCACACCUCCUCCGUGUCGAACAGCGUGACGACCUUGGGGAAAACCGUCAAAACGAUGUCGGCCUCCGCCACAAACGGCGUCGGCGAGUCGAAGCACGAUGAGGCGGCGGCAAAGUUCAAGGUCGUCAGAGACUUGACGACGGCGUACGUGUGCGAGUGGGGGGAUUGCCUCACGGAGAAAAAGUUCAGGUCGGCUAACGAAGUGUUCAUGCACGCCUGUGCUACCCAUUGUCCGUCAGGCAGCGAAGAAAUCACAUGUCAGUGGGACAGGUGCGACAACAUGAAGAGGAAACGGUUCUCCCUGAUGACGCAUCUGCAAGACAAACAUUGCACCACGGAGGCCAUGAAGCAAAGUUUGGCGCGACGGAAAAAGGCAGCUCAGGGGGCGAAGGUCGAAACGCCUGCGCCCUCGACGUCGAAUUCGCAUCCUGGUUAUGCGCCGGAUGCGGCGUUGCACGCCAUCAAGAGGCACGCUCUCGAAUUCGUCAAUCCCAAAGAACUCCAAAUGAAAACGGCAAAGGCAGGCAGUAUCGGUUUGGCGGCGAUAGCGCUUCGCCCUGGUCCUUCACCUGCGACUGACCAGGAUGACAACGAGGGUCCUGUUACAAAAAGUAUUCGUCUUACGGCAUCUCUAAUAUUGAGGAAUCUCGUUAUAUACAGCAGUCAUUGUAAGAGGUACUUAAAGUCGUACGAGUCCCAUUUGGCGAACGUGGCGCUGAGCAAUGUAGAGUCGUCUCGAACGAUAGCACAAGUAUUGUACGACAUGAAUGACGGAACAACUCACAGGUGA